CUCCAAUUUCACACGUGACUAUGUCGGCAAAAGACGUUUUGAUUUUAUCUCUGCAGCCUUUUUAUUAGAAAAUGGAAAAAGUUUUUGUUCUUUUUGAAUUUUCCAGUGGCGAACCAGCAGGAAUUGCCUCAAUUACUGCAAUCUUCAAACCUCCACUUAAAGGAAAUUUGAAAGAAAAUAUACAUGAAGUGAAAAAGUGGAUUAGUUGCAAGACUCAGCUGGUGAUAAGGUGGCCUCAUGAAGGUUGUCCAUCGGGACUCCAUAAUGUAAUUUAUCCAUCAAAACAUAGUGUUGACUCUGGGUUUAGAGCUGCUAUUCCCUUGGCUGUUUCUGAUAACUUGAAGACACUCAGUGAAACCAGGGCAAAAACCACCAUCAAUCACAGUCCGCUACCAAUAAGUGCUGAAGAUAUUCUUGCAUUAGAUCCAACUUCUCCAACCGAUAACACUUCUCCAAUAGAGAACACUUCUCCAAUAGAGAACACUUCUCCAAUAGAGAACACUUCUCCAAUAGAGAACACUUCUCCAAUAGAGAACACUUCUCCAAUGGAGACACCUUAUUUAAAAAGUAUCGCCCCAUCAGCCUGCCGGAAAAAUCUUUUUGGAAAAGACAAGAACGAUGAAAAUACAACCCCAUUCACUGAAAGAAGUACCAACAAAAAAAGGUCAAGUAAACAAACUGAAGGUUACGAAAAGGAACUCAAUGAACUGAAAACGAAAGUCAGAAAGCUUGAAGAUGACUUAUCUACAGCCAAUAAAAAUUUAGCCGAAAAAGAAGAUGAGGUUAUGGAACUUGAAGAGCAAGUAAAAAGUCUUCGUUCAUAUUUUUCAGCUCCCAUGGAUCUAAGUGAACGCAUGCACGAGAACCUCGUGAAAGUGGAAGACAUUUUGAAAGAACUGAAGAGUCAGCCUCAGCAAGUUAACAUUCAAAAUACGCCUUCAUCUUCUAUUACUCAAGGUAGCCCUGCAGUGUCACGACAACAAACGUCCAAUUCUGGAAAAAUGGUAGAGCUUAAUGAAUUUUGA